CUUGCAUGAUGCAACAAUGCCAGGGGAGUGGGUGGGUCCUUGGUCACAAGGGGCGGGGCCACGGCUGCUAGGACACAGAAGCUUUGUUGGUUGGUGGUUAGGGGGCGUGGCCUCGCUUCUCCUUUUCUCCCUCUGUUGGAAAGGUGGGUAGGGCUGUUCCUUUAACAGGUGGCCUUUGGGCCAACCCUUCGCCUGCCGUUCACCUCCUUUUUCUUGGCUGUGCCAGUGGAGGGGUGGAGCUCCUGGGAGGGGGCACUCCUGGGGAUCCGGGUCCCCUCCUUCCCCCAACUUGCCCAUCCCCCCUUCCUUCCUUUAACCCCCGCCCCACCAGAGCAGUGCCGCACGAUACUGAGAGUGGGAGCUUGAGAGACGGGUGAGAAGAGGAGUGUCUUGCACCCAUCAUGGGGAAGCCAAAGGGCAAGAGUCAUGAGAAACAUACGCUGGACGACCUGAAAAAGGAAGUGGAACUUGAGGACCACAAGUUGACCUUAGAGGAAAUCAGCAGAAAGUAUGGGGUGGACCUCAGCAAGGGUCUGACCAGCGCCCAUGCCGCGGAGAUCCUUGCUCGGGAGGGGCCAAACAGCUUGACGCCUCCCCCCACCACCCCGGAGUGGGUGAAGUUCUGCCGGCAGCUGUUUGGCGGCUUCUCCAUGCUGCUGUGGCUGGGGUCCAUUCUCUGCUUCUUGGCCUACGGCAUCCAGGUCAUGAUGGAGCCCUAUGUCCUCAAGGACAACCUCUACCUGGGAAUCGUGCUGACGGCCGUGGUCAUUGUGACGGGCUGCUUUUCCUACUACCAGGAGGCCAAGAGCUCCAGGAUCAUGGACUCCUUCAAGAACAUGGUGCCCCAGCAGGCCCUCGUGAUCCGCAAUGGGGAGAAGAUGCAGAUCUCUGUCGAGGAUGUGGUGAGGGGGGACCUGGUGGAGAUCAAAGGCGGAGACCGGAUCCCUGCCGAUUUGCGAAUCAUCUCCGCCAGCGGCUGCAAGGUGGACAACUCCUCCCUGACGGGCGAGUCAGAGCCGCAGAGCCGCUCCCCGGACUUCACCAACGACAACCCGCUGGAGACUCGCAACAUCUGCUUCUUCUCCACCAACUGCGUGGAAGGCACGGCCCGCGGCAUCGUCAUCAUGACGGGGGACCACACGGUGAUGGGCCGCAUCGCUUCCCUGGCUUCCGGCCUGGAGGAAGGCCCCACCCCCAUCGCCAGGGAAAUAGCCCAUUUCAUCCACAUCAUCACGGCCGUGGCCGUCUUCCUAGGUGUGUCCUUCUUUGCUCUCUCCAUUAUCCUCGGCUACACCUGGCUGCAUGCCGUCAUCUUCCUGAUCGGCAUCAUUGUGGCCAACGUGCCCGAAGGGCUGCUGGCCACAGUCACAGUGUGCCUCACCCUGACCGCCAAGCGCAUGGCCCGCAAGAACUGCCUCGUGAAGAACCUGGAGGCCGUGGAGACGCUGGGCUCCACCUCCACCAUCUGCUCGGACAAGACGGGCACCCUGACUCAGAACCGCAUGACCGUCUCCCACAUGUGGAUGGACAACCAGAUCCACGAAGCGGACACCACCGAGGAGCAGGCCGGGGCCAUGUUGAACAAGCGCUCCCCAACAUGGGCAGCCCUGGCUCGUAUCGCGGGCCUGUGCAACAGAGCGGACUUCAAAGUGGGUCAGGAGGCAGUCCCCAUCACCAAGAGGGAGACGACUGGGGAUGCUUCCGAGUCCGCGCUCCUGAAAUGCAUAGAGUUGUCCGCUGGGCCCGUGGCAAAGAUGCGGGAGAAGAAUCCCAAAGUGGUGGAGAUCCCCUUCAACUCCACAAACAAAUACCAGCUGUCCAUCCACGAAGCUGAAGACAAGCCCAAGGGCCACAUCCUGGUGAUGAAGGGAGCUCCCGAAAGGAUCCUGGACUGCUGCUCCACCAUUAUGAUCCAAGGGAAGGAGGUGAACAUGGACAAGAAGAUGCAAGCGGAGUUCCAGAAAGCCUACGAUGAACUGGGCGGGCUGGGAGAGAGAGUGCUGGGCUUCUGUCACUCCUACCUCCCCGAGCGCCAGUUUCCCAGGAAUUUCAAGUUUGACGCAGAGAAGGUCAACUUUCCCAUCAAGCAGCUCUGCUUUGUGGGGCUCAUCUCCAUGAUUGACCCGCCCCGAGCCGCUGUGCCAGAUGCCGUGGGCAAGUGCCGGAGUGCCGGCAUCAAGGUGAUCAUGGUGACCGGAGACCACCCGAUCACGGCCAAGGCCAUCGCCAGGGGCGUGGGCAUCAUCUCCGAGACAAGCGAGACCGUGGAGGACAUAGCCGCACGGCUCAACAUCCCCGUCAGCGAAGUCAACCCGAGGGAUGCAAAAGCCUGCGUCAUCCACGGCACCAACCUCAAGGACAUGACCUCUACGGACCUGGACAACAUCCUCAGGAACCACACCGAGAUCGUCUUCGCCCGGACCUCCCCGCAGCAGAAGCUGAUCAUCGUGGAAGGGUGCCAGAGGCAGGGGGCCAUCGUGGCCGUGACGGGCGACGGGGUGAACGACUCGCCGGCCCUGAAGAAGGCCGACAUCGGCAUCGCCAUGGGCAUCGCCGGCUCCGACGUCUCCAAGCAGGCCGCGGACAUGAUCCUCCUCGACGACAACUUCGCCUCCAUCGUGACGGGUGUGGAGGAAGGCCGCCUGAUCUUCGACAACCUGAAGAAGUCGAUCGCCUACACCCUGACCAGCAACAUCCCCGAGAUCUCCCCCUUCCUGCUGUUCAUCCUCCUCAACAUCCCUCUCCCUUUGGGGACCAUCACAAUCCUCUGCAUCGACCUCGGGACGGACAUGGUCCCGGCCAUCUCCCUGGCCUACGAGGGCCCCGAGAGCGACAUCAUGAAGAGGAAGCCGCGGGACCCGAAGAAGGACAAGCUGGUGAACCAGCGCCUCAUCAGCAUGGCGUACGGGCAGAUUGGCAUGAUGCAGGCCCUGGCCGGCUUCUACUCCUACUUUGUGAUCAUGGCGGAGAACGGCUUCCUCCCUCUCACCUUGCUGGGCCUCCGCCUGGACUGGGACGACAAGACCAAGAACGACCUGGAAGACAGCUACGGGCAGGAGUGGACCUACACGCAGCGCAAGGUGGUGGAGUACACCUGCCACACCGCCUUCUUCAUCAGCAUCGUGGUGGUGCAGUGGGCCGACCUCAUCAUCUGCAAGACACGCAAGCUCUCCCUCUUCCAGCAGGGCAUGCGCAACAGGAUCCUCAUCUUUGGCCUCGUGGAAGAGACCACCUUGGCCGUCUUCCUGUCCUACUGCCCCGGGCUGGAUGUGGCCCUGAGGAUGUUCCCGCUGCGGGUCACCUGGUGGCUCUGCGCCUUGCCCUUCAGCGUGCUGAUCUUCGUCUAUGACGAGAUCCGGAAGUACCUGAUCCGUCGGUACCCAGGGGGUUGGGUAGAGAAGGAGACGUACUACUGAGCAGGCUGCCCAGGUGGGGUCUCCAUGGGGCACGUCUCCCCAAGCACCCUUCACACAACUGCCAUUGGGUGACGCGACCCGGACGACACUGGGUUGGC